AUGAUUCGAACACUAUUACUGAUCGCAUCAUUUGGAGCAUUAGCUGCUUAUGUGUUCAAAAUCAUGCUUGCAUUGGACGUAAACAAGAGGGUAUACUAUCAUCGACCGGGACACUGCCGUAAAGUAGAUGGAAUAAAACAUGGUUCUGAAGACAUAGCACUCAUAGAAGAAGAAGGCAUUGCAUUUGUGACGUCUGGGAUCUACUACAUGCUACCUCGAGCGGAGGAUGUCAAAGGUCAGAUUUUCUUAUACGAUUUCAACCAGAAGGGCUCAUUCAAGGCUGUACCAUUGAGCAUCAACGGUGACUUUGACCGAAACCAGUUUCAUCCUCAUGGAAUUUCGCACAUAGUUACGUCCAAAGGAACUAUUCGACUAUUUGUCAUCAGCCAUUCUGAGGAUAUGAAGCAUUCCGUACUAGUUCUUGACUGGAAUAGUAAAGCUCGACAGCUCGAAUUGGUCAAAAUAAUUGAAGAUGAGAAGUUUAUUAGACCCAAUAACUUGGUAGCAGUAUCGGAAGAUGCUUUCAUCUUGACAAAUGAUGGAUCGGCACAAACAGCAACAACGAAUAUUCUUGAAAUGCUAUCAAUGAUACCAAGUGGGAGCAUCGUUUAUUACGAUGGAAAGGCCAGUUCCUGGCUUCUGCCGAAAGCGACAUCACCCAAUGGAGUUGCUUUCGACCGAGAACGCAAACAUCUUUUUGUUUCGCAUGUGAAUGACGAGACUGUGUCCGUCUACAAAGUGGAUAAGAGCUAUAAAUCUCUCGCGAAGGUUGCUGACGUCCAUUUAUUGACAUCAAUGGAUAAUCUCUACGUUGAUAAGGAUGGGGAUGUUUGGACUGGUGCCCAUCCAGUCAUAAAAGACGCAAUUGGACAUAUGGGAAAUUGCGAUGAUCCCAGCAAAGUUGCUCCUUCUCAGGUGCUACGAAUCAAAUUCGGUAAGGACUUCAAGUCGUGGGAAGUCAGCGAGCCAUUCGCUGAUGACGGACGGCUAAUUUCUGCUUCAUCUGUGGCAGUUCCCUUCGAAAACCAAUUGCUCAUCGGAUCUGUAUGUAGAGAACUCGUUCACUGCUACACAACUCCAGAAACAUUGUGA